GUGCUGCACCUUGGGGAGGGGGCUGCAGCUUGGAGAGGGGCUGCACGUGGCGGGGGGGGGGGGGUGACUGCACCGUGUGGGGGUGCUCCCCGUUGCAGCCAGGGGUCCGCGAGGGGCGGUCCGGGGGCUGAGCCCCCUCCUCCUCUUUCUCCGUCCUCGGGGAGGGGGCGCGGUGAUAGCGGGGCUCCAUGGGCGGCGGCGGGGGCGGCUCUUUGCGGGAUCCGCCCGCCGCGGCUGAUGCCGCUGCCGGCCGGCCGCGGGGCGUCUGAUGCGGGGCGGGACAGUGCUGGGGCCGGUGGAAGCGGCGGGGGUCGUGGCGGGGGUCUCCGGGCCAUGCAGGGGCCAGGGGUACGGGGUGUCGUGGUCCGGGCGUGCAUGCUGUUGCUGCCGCCCUGCGCCCUGGUGCUGGCGGCGGUGCCGGGCUCCGCGUCUCACCCGCAGCCCUGCCAGAUCCUGCGGCGCAUCGGGCACACCGUCAGAGUGGGGGCCACCCACCUGCAGCCCCGCUUGACCUCUGACGCUUGGCCCCGGGAGAGGGCGGCGGAAGGAGGCGGUGGCCCCGAAGGGGGGGUCCCGGCGGGGUCCCGGGGCGGGCGGCCGGGUGGCGGCGGGGAGAUGCGGACGCGUCUCGCGCCUUCCCCGCGGGACGCGCUGCUGCUGGCCGUGGCGAACCUGAACGGCGUGUCCGGGCUGCUGCCCUACAACCUGUCCCUGGAGGUGGUGAUGGCGAUCGAAGCGGGGCUGGGCGACCUGCCCCUCUUCCCGUUCUCUUCCCCCAGCGCCUCGUGGAGCAACGAUCCCGCGUCCUUCCUGCAGAGCCUCUGCCACACCGUGGUGGUGCAGGGGGUCUCCGCCAUCCUCGCCUUCCCGCAGAGCCGCGGGGAGAUGCUGGAGCUCGACUUCGUCUCGGCGGCGCUGCGCAUCCCCGUGGUCAGCAUCGUGCUCGGCGAGUUCCCCAGGCGGAGCCCGAAUCCCCUUCACCUGCAAAUGAGUUUAGAAAACCCAUUGAGUUCUGAUGCUGAUGUCACUUUCUCAAUCCUUGCAAUGAACAACUGGUACAAUUUCAGCUUGAUGAUAUGCCAGGAGGAGUGGAACAUCACAGAUUUUCUCUUCCUCAUACAACAGAGCUCCAAGUUUCACCUGGGAUCCAUUAUAAACAUCACAGCAAAUCUCACUUCAACCAGUGACCUUAUGAACUACCUACAGUUUUAUCUGGAGAAUAUCAAAGAAACAACAUCUACUAUGGUGAUGUUUGGAUGCAAUAUGGAAAAAACAAGGAGAAUUUUUGAAAUAACUACCCAGUUUGGUGUGAUGCCUCCAGAACUUCACUGGAUUAUUGGGGAUUCACAGAAUGUAGAAGAACUGAGGACAGAAGGUUUGCCACUUGGUCUCAUUGCUCAUGGCAAGACAACACAAUCAGUCUUUGAGUAUUACGUACAGGAUGCAAUGGAGCUGGUAGCAAGAGCUGUAGCAGCAGCCACCAUGAUUCAGCCUGAACUAGCGCUUAUUCCAAGUACAAUGAAUUGCAUGGACACAGAUGAAAAAAAUAUCACUUCAGGGCAGUACUUAUCAAAGUUUUUAGCCAACACAACAUUUGAUGGCCUCAGUGGCCACAUUAAGGUGAAAGGCUCCUCCGUUGUUAGCUCAAAAAACAACUUCUUCAUUUGGAAUCUGCAACACGACCCUGUUGGGAACCCAAUGUGGACUCGUCUGGGAAGCUGGCAAGAAGGAAAGAUAGUCAUGGACUAUGGGAUAUGGCCAGAACAAGCCCAGAGACAUAAAAAUCACAUGCAACACCCCACCCGGUUGCACCUGAGAGUGGUAACUCUCAUUGAGCAUCCAUUUGUCUUUACAAGAGAUGUAGAUGAUGAAGGUCUUUGCCCAGCAGGGCAGCUGUGCCUGGAUCCUUUGACCAAUGAUUCAGCUGUGCUUGAUAACCUGUUUGAAACCCUUCAAGGAGGAAAUGACACCGUUCCCAUUGAGCUGAAGAAGUGCUGCUAUGGCUACUGCAUUGACCUGCUGGAGAAACUGGCUGAGGAUAUGAACUUUGAUUUUGAUUUGUAUAUUGUUGGUGAUGGAAAGUACGGAGCCUGGAAGAACAGCCACUGGACAGGACUGGUGGGAGACCUUCUUUCUGGGACAGCUCAUAUGGCAGUGACGUCAUUCAGCAUUAACACUGCCCGCAGCCAAGUAAUUGAUUUCACCAGCCCUUUCUUUUCAACCAGCUUGGGCAUCUUGGUGAGGACCAAAGACACCGCGGCUCCAACUGGAGCCUUUAUGUGGCCACUUCACUGGACUAUGUGGCUGGGGAUAUUUGUUGCUCUGCACAUCACAGCUAUAUUCCUCACCUUAUAUGAAUGGAAAAGUCCUUUUGGGAUGACCCCCAAGGGAAGGAACAGGAACAAAGUCUUCUCUUUCUCAUCUGCUCUGAAUGUCUGCUACGCGAUCUUGUUUGGAAGAACAGCUGCCAUCAAACCUCCAAAGUGCUGGACUGGAAGAUUUUUAAUGAAUCUAUGGGCUAUUUUCUGUCUGUUUUGUUUGUCCACAUACACAGCCAACCUAGCUGCUGUCAUGGUAGGGGAAAAGAUCUAUGAAGAGCUUUCUGGAAUACAUGACCCAAAGCUCCACCACCCAUCCCAAGGGUUUCGCUUUGGAACUGUGCGUGAAAGCAGCGCAGAAGACUAUGUGAGGCAAAGCUUCCCAGAGAUGCAUGAGUACAUGCGGCGGUACAAUGUCCCUGCAACCCCCGAUGGAGUAGCAUAUCUAAAGAAUGAUCCAGAGAAACUUGAUGCCUUCAUUAUGGAUAAAGCACUCUUAGAUUAUGAAGUAUCAAUAGAUGCCGACUGCAAGCUUCUAACUGUGGGAAAGCCCUUUGCCAUUGAAGGAUAUGGUAUUGGUCUUCCCCCUAACUCUCCGCUCACCUCCAACAUCUCUGAACUGAUAAGUCAGUACAAGUCCCACGGAUUCAUGGAUGUUUUGCAUGACAAAUGGUACAAGGUGGUUCCAUGUGGGAAAAGAAGCUUUGCUGUCACGGAGACACUGCAAAUGGGCAUCAAACAUUUUUCUGGGCUCUUUGUGAUGUUGUGCAUUGGGUUUGUCUUGUCUAUUUUAACUACCAUUGGGGAACAUACUGUGUACAGAUUGGUUCUACCACGGAUCAAGAAGAAAUCCAAGAUGAAGUACUGGCUCCAUACAAGUCAGAGAUUACAUCGUUCUCUGAACAGUUCAUUUCUUGAAGACAAAUGCCAGCCUAAGACAAAACGAGUAGAAAAGAGGUCCCAUGUAGGGAACAGCCAGCAUGCUGUGUGGAAUACAGCCAACGUGGGCAACUGUCACCAGAAAAAAUACGUCUGCACCAACGAGGGGCAAAAUGACGUGGCAAUCGGACAGCACCAAGACAUCUCCCUGCCACAGGUGAGGAGAGAGACUCCAGCUUGUUUAACGACCAACGGGAAAGCAGACUCCCUCAGCAUUGCCAGGACCUCGGUGAUGCAAGAGCUCACAGAGCUGGAGAAGCAGAUCCAAAUCAUCAAGCAGGAGCUGCAGCUCGCCAUGGACAGGAAAUCAGAGCUGGAAGAGUAUCAGAGAACAAACAGGACUGCAGAGCCCUAGGCCAGCAUACUCGGGCCCUUUCCCCUUUUCUCCCUUUCUCCCCUCCUGUAAAAUUUUUAACGUGCUUUUGUAAUGCCGGGAAGAGGCAUGAAAAUAAAGCAGGCAAUAUGCUCUUCAUGAGAGCUGAGUUGCAGCAGCCCACAGCCACUGCCACCCUCCUGGGUCCUCCUCCUUUCCUAACAAGUUUUGCAUUCUCCCAGCCAACUUCAGCCAUUCCCAAGGGACUUAGAGAAACAAUAACUGUGUGAAUAGCAAGAGUUCCUGUUUCCUUCACUUGGCACUACAGUGAAGUUCCCUCUUUUUUAGCUCUCUCUGUGCGUUAAUUCAAAACAAAAAGAAAAAAAAAAAAAAAGGAACUCUAAACUGCUCAUUGGAAGCAUGCCCCUUGUUGGUAUGUUUUUGUUAUGGUACCUAUGGGUUUAGUCUCUAUGCUAAGGCUCCUUAUGGUUGCCUCAUUACACCAGGUGCUAGUUCUAUGUUGGCAACCCCUUCCCUCCUGGCACAGGCUGUGUGUGGUUCACAAGACAAAUUCUUGGUGGCAGUCCCAGGACACACAGUUCCCUUAGCUCUGUCAGCACAAAUGCAGAUGUGGCUGCUCUGUGACUGUGAUAAAGGAACUCAAGCAGCUUAAAAAUAACUUUGCAAAAAACAAACCACCACCUCUGUCUGCUUCUGAGCCGGGGUUCACUUUGCACUCCCACCCAGAGAGAAGCCACGCAAAAACAGCUGCACUGGCAGACGUGAGGAGAUGGGUUCACAGUGGCACAGGGCAAGGAUGGGGGGAGGGGAGAGAGCAGCAGUGCUGCAGACCAUUAUCUAUGAUUAAAGGUGAGGUAUCUCAUCUGUGAAACCACUCCCUUAACAUUCUCUGUCUACAGUCGAUAUUAAGGUUCUUUCUCACAGCCAAAGUAACAUAAAAGGGAUCUGGUCCACUGAUUUAUUCUGUCACCAAACUCCCAUCGAAGUCAAAGGGAAUUUGGCACCAAAACCUCCUGGUGGACCAAUGCUCACUGUAAAGGGGAUUCAAAUUUGCUGUUUCAAAGGCAAUGUACUGAGUGGAGCUCCCUCCAACUUGGAUGAUGAGUAGAGUGGAAGGAAGGGUAAGCUAUUCAGCAUCUGAAUAAAUAAUACAUCAAUCCAA